AUGUACCGUAUGAUCAGCAUGCAUCCUGAUGAGUGGUUCCUCCAAUGCAUUCUUUUCCGUUUCGGCAAAGCUCACCCUAUCACCAAAUACGUUCUAACGACAGUGACGUAUGGAUUGGCUCCGUCAUCAUUUCUGGCAACCCGCACGCUUCAUCAGCUUGCCGAAGACGAAGGCGAUUCGUUUCCCCGCGCUGCAGAGGCGCUAAAGCAAGAUUUUUACAUGGACGAUUUCAUCCGAGGAGAGAAUAGCGUCGAGUCGGCGAUCAAAUUACGACGAGAGAUAACUGAGUUACUCAAACGUGGAGGUUUUCGACUGAGAAAGUGGUGUUCCAAUUCCCAAGCGGUCCUAGAAGGAAUUCCGGAGGAUGACCUAGCCACUCAAUCCAGUCGAUCGUUCGAUCCCGAAGAGACAAUUAAAACGUUGGGAAUCAGCUGGGAACCAUCGUCCGACCAGUUUCGAUUCAGCAUCAACGUGAGCAUGAAGGAAGGACCGAUAACCAAACGUAAAAUUUUGUCGGGGAUCGCACUCCUGUAUGAUCCGCUUGGUUUGAUUGCACCGAUUGUCGUUCGGGCCAAGAUAUUGUUGCAACAGUUGUGGAUGCUGUCUUUGGAAUGGGACGAGGUGGUACCCACCGAGAUCCAAGCCAAAUGGAUGACUUUUAUCAACGAGCUGCCCUACCUAGUCAGUUUUCGUAUUGAUCGGUAUGCCUUUGAGGAGGGGGAUGUGCAACUACAUUGUUUCGCCGAUGCAUCCGAUGUUGCUUAUGACGCGUGUCUGUACGUGCGUACAAUUGGAAUCAACGGAAAAGUGAAGGUUGAACCAUAG